CCCCGAAAAGCUUCCACUGGGGAAAGCACUCAUCUUUUUAGAAACAAGCUCUUUUUACGCUGCAAGAAGCAGAAGACUAGGGCGAGGACUGGAGGGCGAGGUGGCGGACUAGGGGAGGGCGCAGCGGGCCCAAAAGUUUCCCGGCAGGCUGCAGUUCCGGCGGAGAGUCGGGGGCUUCUGAGCACUGCCGGGGACACCGAGGUAGCGGACGCGUGGUCCGAAGGUUGCCCCUCGGUUCCACCUCCCCAUUGCCCGACGGCCGCCUGGGCCAUGUCCAGAGGCCCGGGCUCAGCGGGCCUACCCGGCGCCCCGGGGUCCCGGAGGCCCGCCCCGCGGAGCCUCAGCUGCCUCUCGGACCUGGACUGCGGGCCGGGCUGCAGCCGGCCGCACCGCGUGCGCUUCGCCGACGCGCUGGGCCUGGAGCUGACGCAGGUCAAGGUGUUCAACGCGGGCGACGACCCGUCGGUGCCGCUGCAUGUGCUAUCGCGGCUCGCCAUCAACUCGGACCUGUGCUGCAGCAGCCAGGACCUGGAGUUCAACCUGCAGUGCCUCGUGCCCGACUUCCUGCCGCCUGUGGAGGCCCCCGACUUCGGCGAGCGCCUGGGGCGGCAGCUUGUGUGCCUGGAGCGCGUCACCUGCUCGGACCUGGGCAUCAGCGGUACCGUGCGCGUGCGCAACGUGGCCUUCGAGAAGCACGUGGCAGUGCGCUACACCUUCUCGGACUGGCGCAGCACACACGAGGCGGUGGCGCGGUGGCGCGGGCCGGCGGGCACCGAGGGUACCGAGGACGUGUUCGCCUUUGGCUUCCCAGUGCCUCCCUUCCUGCUGGAGCUCGGCUCCCGCGUGCACUUCGCGCUGCGCUACCGAGUGGCCGGCACCGAGUACUGGGACAACAACGACGGCCGCGACUACAGCCUCACGUGCCGCAGCCACGCGCUGCACAUGCCACGUGGCGAGUGCGAAGAGAGCUGGAUCCACUUCAUCUGAGGCCUCUUCGGAGGGAACCUGGCGCUUCUACUCCUCAGCCGCACCUGCACGCACUUCCUACCUGGGCUCUCACAUCUGGGUGGCAGCUCUUCCCCGCGCCCCACUCCACCCCACCCCUACGGCUCUGACCUCACUUCCCGCUGCAAGGUCCCCUGGCAGUGGCCCAUCCUGUCUUCUACUUGAAACGUCUGUGUCACUUGAUCUAAAAAGUAGCCUCAGGUGGCCAGAAGGCCGAGUUGUUUAACGUGCUGGGGGAGGGUGCUGGGUGCGUAGAUGCGUGGGAGUGUUGGCCCUUCUGGAGAGGGCCCAGGCAGGGGUGUUUUGGAAAGGCCAGCAUCCUCCUGCUAGGAAGGCCUGUGGUUUUUGCAUGUGUCCUGAUUGAGUCUCUGUAAACGUAGUUACUAUCAUUGUGAUGCUGGGACCUUUAACCCUUAGGAGAGGCCUUCUCAGGAACAUUCUGCACUUAAUAAGCU